AUGAUCCGUGCAUCCAAGUCACCAUUGGUCAAUGGGCUGACCCAGCCGAUGGUAUAUCCAACGCCGCUGGUCACGGAUCUCUUGGACGACCUGGACAAGUACCGGUGGCACUGUUCUCUAGACAUGGUCAGCGGGUUUUGGGUGGUGCUUAUAUUGGACCGAGCCCGUCUUAUCUCCGCUUUUGUCACGCUGGUCGGGCUGUUCGAGCGAUUACGCAUGCCGUUCGGUCUGUGCAAUACGCCGCGGAUAUACCAACGGUUAAUAGACAACGCGCUGUCUGGCUUUUGGGAGCUGUCUCCGACGGGGAAUACCCGCGAAGGCUUCAGAGACGGGGUCCCGUCUAAGCCUGGAACGAGGUCCGUUUUAAGCCGACGAUCGUACAUUGAUGAUAUCUUGAUCGGGGGUACGUCGUGGGACGACAUGUGCAAGAAGGUGGAACGUCUAUUGAAAGUCUGUGAGGAAUGGCAUUUAUCGAUUACCGUGGAGAAAAGUGAGUGGGGAAUGUCGAGAGUGGAUUACCUGGGUUAUGAAGUGUCGGAAUACGGACUCGGGGCGAAGCCGAAGAAUUUAGAGACCCUUGCGACGCUGGAAUUCCAGCGUACGCAAAAAGGGUCUACAGUCGUUUUUGGCCUUAACUACUACCAUCGUUUCAUCCCGGAUUUCGCGAUCUAUGCGACCGCGUUCUAUUCCCUCACCGCGCGCGACUUUGAAGAGCGGAUCAUGAAUCCUGAGACGCGCGAUCUGAAUACGUGGACUCACGACGAACGAGCGUUU